CACUCUCGUCUCGUUGUUGUCCCUCCAGUCUUCUUCUCUUCCUAUCAAGUCUUUGAAAUAUUAUCACGAACUUAUCAUUUUUAAAUUAUAUUUAUAGUAUUUUAUUUAUUAGUUAGUUAAUUAGUCUACUUAGUUAUAGUUGUGUGUAUCGUGAAAGAUAAGAAUGAGCCCUCCUACCGACACCCAAACCAAAGCUACGAUUCCAGCCCCCGUUCCAGCAUCCAACGUUCCCGAGCGGAUUGAAUUGUACCGUCGCUGCUCGUUGGGUGCAGCAUUGGAGAAAACAAUUCUCGAAAAUGGAACGCUGUCGGAGGACAUAAUGGACAAGUUUUGGGUCCAGUAUGACGUCACAUUCGCUGGACAUUUGGCUCGAACCACUCCCCGUCUCAAGUUCAAGGCGAAAUCCCUAUCCGACUACAAAAUUGUACACCACGUGCACUCGGCCAAGCUGCAAAAUAUCCAGGUUGCCCUGUCUCCUGGAAUUGGAAAUAGGGACAGACUGACGAACACGACGAUUCCUGAGCUCGUCAUUAUCGCGGUUCCCUCGUCGACUGUAGUUCGUCGCCGAGGCACCUCAACGGCCAAGGUGAUCGAAGAAGACAACAAAACUCCCAAGUUUUCUCAGGAGGAGGAGUAGCAAAUAAGGCAACAAAUUAUCACAAAUGUUUUUUUAUCAUGAAGAAUCUCACUUUCAAGAAUCUCACGUAACGCAUGCUCAUGCCAUGUCAAAUAAUUAUUGGAUAUUAUGAUUUUGCUUCAAACUUUAUAUCAUGUUGAAUUCUUAAAUUUAUCUAGUUAAUGAAAAUGUUAAUGUUAUUAUGCCCUGUCAAGAUGUGACAAUAAAAUCACUUUUAAUUGUUAUUUAUACAUA